AUGAAGCCUGUUGGACGCUCUGCGGGCUUGAAAUCCCGUACACUGCAGAGAAUCCGCCGAAGCGGACCGCCGCCCAUCAAUUGGCAGCCAACUGUGAACCAAUCACCGCCUCCCCCAGGUUCAAUCAAUCAGCCGCCACCCGAAAUUGGCAACCAACCUCCCGAGCAACUUUCUGCACAACAGGAACAAUAUCCACUAACCCAAGUACCCUACCGGCGUCCUGACCAGCAGCAGCCUGUCUAUCCGUACUUUCUUGGAGAACUGCAGUUACACAACACCGAGCAGCCCCAUACGUUGCACAUUCCCAAGCUACCCUCUGCACUGCAAGGUUCAGAUGAGCAUGGUUACCGGCUUAAACGCUCAACAUUCACGCGUACAACACUUUUUGUCUGUGGCGUUGUCGGUGUGAUCUUGCUUGCUGCGUCAUUCUCGUUAUGGAGUGCAUCGCCCCAAAUUUCGGUCCACUCAAACAUGCUGGAUGGUGCGGCGAACUCGCUUACUUCAGCCAUGUUCAACACUCUUCCUGACCACAUUCGCCAACUGCUGAUCAAAGCUGAAACCGACGUCAGCGAUGCAGCUCAUUUGACGAGCCAGGCCGCCAAAGGACCUCUAAGCAGCAUUGCUAAGUUCCUGAAUCAUGACCCUGGUAACAUGCGAUGUUCGACUCUUCCCAAUUGGAGCGCCACGCUCAAAGUCGCUUCCGAGGCGGUAGGAAAUGUCGUACAGAAGGUACAAAGCGCACGAGCAUAUUGCGGUGACGCAGUGAAAGCACAGCAAUACAUCUCCGCCACAAUCAACAUGGACCAUGACGAGCUUGUCAGGAAUCGAAAAUGGGCCCACUUCUGGCGGCUCCCCUUCUCUCGCAGUAUUGACAGAACCAUGGUGAAGGGCAAGUAUGGCGAUUACCAAGCGACUAUGACAAGUGUUUCAGAAAGUCAAGAUCACACAGUGAAAGCGGAGAAGCUUCUUGGGCUCGAAGAAAAUCGAUGGAAAGCUGCAUUGGAUGGUCUGGAAGAGCUGUCUGCAAAAGUAUCUAAGGCGGAUAUCAAAGCUUCGACUAGUGGAGAAUGCCCAGACGCAGAUAGCUUCGCAGCCUUUCAAAGUGAGCUUUCACUGUCGCUUCACAGGCUCACCUAG